AUGCCACCCAUCUACUUCGAUCGGGGCUAUGGCGACCGUUUGCUGCCGUUACCGCGCACGCUCAAUGGUUUCGUCUCCAUGCUCCAGGACCAUGUUCGAGCGCUGGGGAGUGUUCGCGUUCAUCAGGAGAUGCGCAUCGUUUACCGUAAGCGAAUGGCGCCAGGAGGGAGGAAGAAGGUCAUCCGCGACGCUCGUGCCGCCCAAGUCGCGCUCGAAGCGGAACUUAUGCGCGAAGACGGCGCUGUUCCCGAGUGGGCGCAACUCGUUGCAGCACAUAUCAUCAAUGACCUUGGAAGCGGCUAUGACGGCUACGACAACGGCGAGGGUAAGGGCGGCGGCGGCGAGCGCGAGUGCAAGGACGGUGGCGAGAACGAGAGCAAAGCCGGCGGCGAGAGCGAGGGCACGGACGAGGGCGACAGCAAGAUGGAGCAUGACGGCGACGAUGAGUCACCCAUCAUAGGCGUCUCAUCGUUCUCAAUGGACGACGGGCUCAUCGACGAACACCUCCGUCGAGUAUUUGCCUGGAGGAUGGGUGAUAGGAACCCGGAAGCAACCCGGAAGGGGUAUCGGUUGAGAACGUGCGGAGAUGCUAGUACGUUAUUGCUCGAUAAUCUUCGUGACUGCAUUCUCACGAUCAUGGCCUCGGUCUAG